AUGCGAGCAACAGCUAUCCAGACACUCGCCGCCGCUUACCGAGAAGGCGUAGUGGCCCCCUGCGCAGCAAACGAGCUGGCGGACCACAUCUGGCCCUUUGCCGACAAGGUCGCCUUCCACCAGGGGGAUAUCACCAAACUCGAGGUCGACGCCAUCGUCAACGCGGCCAACAACAGCUUGCUCGGUGGUGGGGGCGUCGACGGUGCGAUCCACCGCGCCGCCGGUCCCAAGCUGCUCGAAGAGUGCCGCGGCCUCAACGGCUGCGAGACCGGACAGGCCAAGACGACCAAGGGCUACGACCUCCCUGCCAAACACGUCAUCCAUACCGUAGGCCCUGUCUACUCGGCAUCGAAGAGCGACGAAUCCGCUCGCCUCCUCCGCUCCGCCUACCGAACCAGUCUCGACCAGGCGGUGCGACACGGCGUCAAGUCCAUCGCUUUUCCAUCAAUCUCGACGGGCGUCUACGGAUAUCCAUUCGAGUCGGCCUGCAUCGAGGCUCUGUCCGAAGUCGGGCACUUUCUCGACCAAAAGGGACAGGGCGACAAGAUCGACAAGGUCAUCUUCUGCUGCUUCUCCCAACCCGACUUGACACGGUACCGCCAAGCCGCCACCCGCGUCUUUCCGCCCGAGGACAUGCACAGCCAGUUUGCAGAGGACGAGUAG